AUGGCUGCAUUUCUCCAUCAGCUUCUCAUGGUUUGCUGCAUGUUCCUGAUUGUCCACCCCGUGGUGACAAUCAACCUGUCGGCCGAGUUCACAGAGUUCUAUGAAGGUGCUGUUCUCAGGUCAUACAACCACUACGCGGACGACCUGGCAGAUCAAGUUGCCAGCUUCGACGGUUUCGGAAGCAUGACCCCAUGGAGCGUUCUCAAUGGCCCUACCCACAAAGUCAAACGCUUGGAUAGCGCCAGUCGAUGUGGAGCAGAGUACGACUUGUCGGCCCAGGAUGGGUCUUCGAUCUCCAGCAUCUACGGCUCCUGGGUUGUUCCCGAGUUGAUACAGCGCAGUGACGGUAUUCCCGACAACCCACCCCUGAACUGGCAGUGGAUCGUUGAAUGGGUGGGAGUCGACAAUAUCGGUGCCGAUGGCCAGCCCAGCCAGGAUUGCAGUCUCCUCGAGGUCGGAGUCUUGUCGUUGAUUUACGGUAAUCAUGAAUCCAGCCGGCAAAAGAACACCGCUUUUUGGGCAAUGUUCCCUCAGCAACAGGUUCCUAUCAACAUGGAGAUUCGAAAUGACGACUCUGUGGACGUCAACGUUACUGUGGUAUCCGAAAAGAAAGCCGCAAUAGCCAUCGACAACCUUUCAACCAGGUACAGGAUUGAAGGAGAACUCACCAUCGGUCCGGAAGAGCGCGCAAAGUGGUGUGGACGUAACGCGGCCUGGAUUGUCGAGGACACAUGGGCACCAGCGGUCAACGUACAGGUCCCUGGACCGGUUCCUCCCUUUGCCAGUUGGAUCCUGUUCAACUUCACGGAUGUGCACGCAACCACUAGCAGCGGCAAGAAACUUGACCUCAAUGAGGCGACUCUUCUUGACACAAAGCAGUCUGACCCAGACGGGCAUAAUAUGUUGACUCUAUGCACACCAGUGCAGAUGGAUAGCACUACACUGGAGUUUUAUCCCUACUAA